UGUAAAAAAAUGUUUAAAAUAUAGUUAAUAAUAUGUUUUCUCUUAAAUAUAUUAAUUAAUGUGUUACGGUCUUGCCAAUGUUAUAAAGAAAAAGCCAUAUGAUAAUCUAUUUAUCCACAAGGUGUGCUUCAAAUUAAUUUUAUUCAUAAUCAGUUUUUUAAACCAAACAAAUCAUGCUUUUCAGUUAGGAGAAUGACACUAAUCUUGUCCUUAAAUACUCUCAGGAUGUAUAAUCAUCUCCCACAAUCAUCAGAAAAUGUCUUCUGUGUUCGGGUCGGGAGAGAUAUCAACAUCCGAUGAAUAUCUUCACGAAAUCACUGGUUUUAUAAGAGUACACAAAGAUGGCCACUGUGAAAGAUUGCUGGGAAAUAACAAGUUGCCUGCCGGAAUCGAUUCUUCAACCGGAGUCGAAUCAAAAGACGUCGUCAUCUCACCCGAAACCAAUGUGUCCGCAAGGCUUUACAUUCCCAAAUCCGCCACAUCAGAUCGGAAACUACCGAUUAUGAUUUAUUUUCAUGGUGGUGGUUUCGUAUUCGAAUCCACCACGAGUGCUGCCUAUCACUCUACACUCAACCGUUUCACGGCUGAGUUAAAUGUGAUAAGCGUUUCGGUUGACUACAGGCUGGGCCCGGAGUACCCAGUCCCAGCAGGGUACAAUGACUCUUGGGAAGCGACCCAUUGGGUCGCUUCUCAUAGUGCAGGAUGUGGUCCUGACACAUGGUUAAAUGAAUUUGCUGAUUUUAGUAAGGUGUUUUUGGCGGGAGAUAGUGCCGGGGCGAAUAUCGCCCACAAUCUGGCAAUCCGGUUCGGGUCAGACCGGAUUGCUGGAAUAAACCUAGAGGGUAUUAUUUUGAUCCACCUGUAUUUCGGAGGAAAUGACCCUAUUGGAUCCGAACUUGGGAAACAUAAGCAGUUGAAAGCGUUUACGGAUCAGUUUUGGAAUCUGGCUAAUCCAUCAGGUACGGGGCUAGAUGACCCGUUGUUUAACCCGGAAAAGGACCCGAAUCUUUCGGGUUUGGGGUGCUCCAAGAUCCUUUUAGCUGUUGCGGAGAAAGAUUCUUUAAGAGACAGGGGUUUGCAUUACAAAGAAUUGAUGGAGAAAAGUGGAUGGGCUGGAAAAGUGGAGAUGUUGGAAUCAAAAGAUGAGGAUCAUGCAUUCUUUCUGUUUGAUCAGUUUUCUCAAAAUACUAGUACCUUGUGCAAUAGAAUUUGUACCUUCAUCAACUAGUCUUGUGUUUGAAUUUUGAAGUCUGCUUCACGUUUUUUUCCUGCGCCGUCGUUUGACAAACGUUGUUUGUACCAUGUAUUACCUAUCAAUAUGUUUUCUGUGAUGAUAAUGUCUUUUUAUUAAUUCUUUUUUCGUUUAA